AUGACUACUCCACUUUAUAAAUGUUAUGGAUGUGAUAGGCAGAUGAAUGCCAUUACUAAUAAUGAAGGAAAUUUAGCCUGUGCUUUCUGUGGCUCGGAAUUUGUCGAAGAAAUAGAAUUACCAACAGAAACUGUAACAACAAAUACCUCACCAAUUCAUUCACCUUCUCCUCAAGCAAGUAAUAUUGUGGAUUUAACCAAUUUGGAUGAUGAUGACAUCUUCUCUCGUGCAUUCAGCACAGCAGUAACAACUCCUGAACAAAAUCAAUCAACUAGAAGUUCCUCAUCUACAACCACUACAACAACACGAUCUAGAACAUCAUCUUCGGGAACACCAACUGUACAUAGCCAAACAAUCUCCAUAACAAUUGGACCAAAUGGUACAACAAGAAGAACAAUUACAAAUGCAACACCAUUCAAUCCAUUUGGAUUUGGUGGAGAUAACAAUAAUAGAGUGGAUCCACUUACAUCACUAUUUGGUGGAUUUGGUGGAGACAACAAUAGAGAUCCAAUUUCUUCAAUUUUUGAUGCUUUAAAUAAUGCUAGUCAAAAUGUGGGAAGUAAUACAAAUCAACAAGGAACCUUCCCAAGAAUAAGCUUUGGACCAACAAUGGACUUUUCUAAUUUCAUGAGACACAUUAGACAACCUUUUGGAAAUGGAACAACAUGGGGAGAUUAUGUUUUCUCAGAUAACUUGGAUGACAUCAUUACUAGAAUGAUGGAAGCAACUGUUGGUCAAGGAGGAACUCCACCAGCUUCACAAGAUGUCAUUUCCAAACUCAAACACAGAAAAGCUCAAGAAUGUGAUUGUAAAGAUUGUGCUGUAUGUCAAGAUCAAAUUAAGGCUGAAGAAGAAAUAACAGAGCUUCCUUGUGGCCAUUUGUAUCAUUCUGGUUGUGUAACACCAUGGCUUGAAAGACAUGCCAACUGUCCUAUUUGUAGAGCUGAAAUUGGAAAUGAUGGCAGUGCCCUCCCACCACAUUCCCACCAACAACAGCAACAACAACAGAAUAAUCCACAUAAUCAUUAA